CCUGCCCACCGAGCAGGGCCAGCUGCAGGCCCUCCCUGCCCUCUGCUAGUUGUCUGUCGGCUGGGCCGUGACGCCAGUCUGUCAGGCCGCUAAGUUGCCUACAGGGAGGUACCUUCUGGGAGCCCCGCCUAGAGAGUCCCACCUGUGGGCAGUUCCCUGGAGCCUUCCCCGAGGAGGUGGCGUUGGCGCUGAGACCCCGCCCGGGAAAACGGGCCGUGCGCAGGAGGGGCUUGGGUGCUGCGCGUGACUCAGUUUCACGGCUGCCGCCCCACGGGACUAGCGGGAUGGGAACCGGGAGCCGAGCACCGUUCUUGCCCGGGCACGUCCUCGUGCGGGGCGCGCGCGUGUCCCGACCGCGCGUGGCUGGGCGGGCGGCUGUGGCGUGUGCGGCGGGGGCGGGCGGCUCCGUGACGCGGCGCCGAGCGGAGCGGGCGGAGCCGGAGGGCCGGGGCGGAGCGGAGUCGUCCGCAGAGCAGCCCCUCCCGGCCGCGGCCGCCGACCCCGGCCCCGGCCCCCGGCCCGGCUCUAUGGACAGGAGCUCGCUGCUGCAGCUUAUCCAGGAGCAGCAGCUGGACCCUGAGAACACAGGCUUCAUCGGCGCGGACACCUUCACUGGCCUGGUGCACCGCCAUGAGCUGCCCCUGGACCCAGCCAAGCUGGACAUGCUGGUGGCGCUGGCCCAGAGCAACGAGCGGGGCCAGGUCUGCUACCAGGAGCUGGCGGACCUGAUCAGCAGCAAGCGCUCAAGCAGCUUCAAGCGGGCCAUCGCCAACGGACAGCGGGCACUGCCUCGGGACGGGCUGCUGGAUGAGCCGGGCCUGGGUGUUUACAAGCGGUUCGUGCGCUACGUGGCCUACGAGAUCCUGCCCCGAGAGGUGGACCGCCACUGGUAUUUCUACCGGCACCGCAGCUGCCCGCCCCCCGUGUUUAUGGCCUCGGUCACCCUUGCCCAGAUCAUCGUGUUCCUGUGCUACGGGGCCCGGCUCAACAAGUGGGUGCUGCAGACCUACCACCCCGAGUACAUGAAGAGCCCCCUCGUGUACCACCCGGGCCACCGCGCUCGGGCCUGGCGCUUCCUCACGUACAUGUUCAUGCACGUCGGGCUGGAGCAGCUGGGGUUCAAUGCCCUCCUGCAGCUCAUGAUCGGGGUGCCGCUGGAGAUGGUGCACGGCCUGCUCCGCAUCAGCCUGCUCUACCUGGCGGGUGUGCUGGCAGGUUCCCUGACCGUCUCCAUUACUGACAUGCGGGCCCCUGUGGUGGGGGGCUCCGGCGGGGUCUAUGCCCUGUGUUCUGCACACCUGGCCAAUGUUGUCAUGAACUGGGCUGGGAUGAGGUGUCCCUACAAGCUGCUGAGGAUGGUGCUGGCCCUGGUGUGCAUGAGCUCCGAGGUGGGCCGGGCUGUGUGGCUGCGCUUCUCCCCGCCACUGCCUGCCUCAGGCCCACAGCCCAGCUUCAUGGCGCACCUGGCGGGCGCAGUGGUGGGCGUCAGCAUGGGCCUGACCAUCCUGCGCAGCUACGAAGAGCGCCUGCGGGACCAGUGCGGCUGGUGGGUGGUGCUGCUUGCCUAUGGCACCUUCCUGCUGUUUGCCAUCUUCUGGAACAUCUUUGCCUACGACCUGUUGGGUGCCCAUAUCCCCCCACCACCCUGACAGGGUCCCCAGGGCCACAGGGGCCAGGGUGCAGGACCCCAGGGCCAGCCACCGGGCAGGCCUGCAUGUCCACCCUCAGUGAAUGUAGUCUCGAGGCUGCUCCUUCCUGGUGUGGGCUGGUGGCCCCUGUGGCCCACUAAGUCCAGGCCGAGCCUUACACUAGCCCUGGCCACCCCCUCCCAGGCUGGAGGGACAGGACUGCUGGCCUGGGCCGGGUGGUGGAGGUCCCCAAGAGUGGCCCUAGAGAAGAUCCUGCCUCUGCCUCUUCCCUGAGACUUGCAGUCUGAGCCUUUUUGAAGAAUGAAUAAAUAUUUUACACAGCA